AAGUAUUGUUGAUUGACCAGAAAGGAAUAAUUUAAGUAUUGUUGAUUGACCAGAAAGGAAUAACUUAAACGUUACGUUGGAAUAUAAAAGCAUUGCACUUUUCCUCGAUUUUAUAACAAUAAGUCGGCAUGGGUGGCAACGGGGAGCAGGUGGAGGUUGACCGGAUAUGGACGAGCCUUGGACCGUGGGGCCGCUACCAGAUCAAACAGUACAUCUCAUAUUGUCUCAUCUGUAUCUCCUGGGUCAUACACCAACUCACCAUUGUCUUUAUAGGUUACCGACCCAAUUUUCACUGCAAGGCGGGCCUGAACGACUCGCUGAUAGCGAACAAGACGGGAGCCAUCUUCGAAUAUGGGGAAUGCAAGGUAGAAAGAUACGAAAACACGAGUACUGGGAUGGUGAAAACCACGUCAGAAUGCCAGCACGGUUGGACGUAUGACAUACCAACCGACCAAUCCUUUGUCUCUGAGUGGGAUUUCGUAUGCGAGAAGGAGGAACUUGCGGAGAUGACUCAGCUACUACUCUUCGUCGGAAUGAUUAUUGGCACGUGCUUUUUCCCCACAAUGUCUGACCGUUUCGGCCGAAAGCCGGUAAUGGUAUUUAGUCAUAUAUGUCUGUUUGCAAUCGUUCUGGCGACGUCGUUCAGCCCCAACUACACGACAUUCGUCGUCCUACGCAUUCUUACCGGCGCCGUCACUCAGGGGGCGCUGUCGGGAACGACGUUGGCAUCGGAGACGUUUCCCAAGGAAUGCCGUCACCUGACGGAAGUGUUUGCACUGGUCGUAUGGACAAGCAGCAUCUGCAUAAUGUCUCCAAUUGCGUACGCGCUACGUAAUGUAUCGUGGCGCUACCUCCAGAUUACGUUCGCCCUGAUGAGCGCAUGGUCACUGUUACAGUGGUGGUUUCUUGACGAGUCCUUGCGGUGGCUUAUUGCCAACGGGAAGAUGGACCAGGCGCGUAAGAUCAUCAGGAAGGCGUGCAGGUACAACCGGAAGGAUUACCAUACAGUUCUAAAGGAUUCUGGACUGGACGAAGGCGGGGAUGAGCACGUGCGACUUAGCAAAGAUGGUGGCGCCCUGCAACUGGAUGCCAUAGCCGCUCCCACUCCGAUACCGGACGUGUUCGUGGAAAAAUACACUAUCUGUGAUAUGUUCAAGAACAAGAUGAUCCGAAAUGUCUCUUUUAUUAUAUGGUACACAUGGAUUGUUGACAGUCUGGUGUAUUACGGUCUUUACAUGAUAUCGUCAGAUUUGUACGGUGAUCGCUACAUCAACUUUUUCCUCAGCGCCCUCAUCGAGUACCCCGCCAGCGUGUUCGAGUACUUCGCACUAGUCAAAAUCGGACGGAAGUGGACAUGUGUGAUCUGCCAUAGCGUUGCCGCCAUUGCCCUCAUCGUUGCCACCGCCUUCCGAUACAGCGCAGAUGGGCAUGAGGGUAUGAUGGUAGCGGGGACGGCAUUCACGCUGAUCGGCAAGAUGGGCAUCACGGGCGCCUUCAGCUCCGCCUUCGUUGUUACCCCUGAACUUUACCCGACCAACCUCAGAAACACGGGCCUCGGCGCCGCGUCCUUAAUGGGCAAGAUCGGGGCAAUGAUCGCACCAUUCUCCAGAAAUGCGUCGCACAAGAUUCGCUGGCUACCGGGUGCGGUAUAUGCGGUGCUGUGUAUAUUUGUGGUCUUCCUGUUUGCCUUCGUACCGGAAACAAACGGCGUUGAGCUCCCGCAGACGGUGGAUGAGUUGGCAGCCUGGUACCGCGUAAACAAAUUCGAGUUGAAGAUGGGUAAAAACCGAAACGCGAAGAAAAUAGCCCAGCAGAAGUUGAGGCAGAACUCGGCGACGUACGAUGAUAGUCUUUAGGACCAGCGCACACCGCCUGUUGUCUUCAACAAACAUUAUGGACCCAUGUUUUAAAAUUGAAUGCGUACAGCACGUACAAUGCUAAGGGCACGCGGAAGUUAAAUAACCUUGUCGAACGUAAACAUUACAGAACAGUAUUCCUUCUUCGUAAUUGUUGAUAUAUUUGGAAUAGCUGCGUUCAGGUGGCAUAGCUUUGUGCCACCCGGUGAAGUUGGCCAGCAUCAUCUUCAUAUUUCAAAUAUAUAGCCCCUGUGAUAUAAGUUUAAUGAUAUUUCACUCAAAGCCUGUGUUUAUUUCACAGUGUCUAUCAAUUUGUUUCCAAGUCUGUGCAAAUUAUUAAUUGUACUUUAAUAAUAUUAAGUUCUUGCAUAAACGAAAUGGGUACCCUUUACAUGGGUCUUCCCAGCCCUCGAUUAGAUAACUCACGGCUUAUGCUCUGGUUGGAAAUAUCAAUUUGCUCCGUGUGCAUGUGGAAGAUUCUUAUUUUAUCUAUGUGUCUUUGAUAUAUGUUUUAAAUUUUUGUACAAAAUAUGAAAUGUUCCAUAUGUGACCAAUUACUUUAAGACAAAAAAAUCCAUGUUUGAGCAUUAACAAUCAAUUCUCCAAGUCAUUAUGACCCAAGAAGAACAGUUCAAUUUGGUGGUGGUGGUGGUGGUGGUGGUAGUAGUUGUGGUGUUGGUGGUUGGUUUAGAGAAUAUAUGGUCUGUGCGUGCCGCUUGGCGUCAUUAUGGCUUGACCUCACCGCUCCUUUUUAUGGUGCUUAUGCAAAAUUUAGAAGACUAAAAAAGCGGGAUUUACCCUCACCAGUGGAUGAGAAUUUAGAGAAAUCGUGUCUGUGUAACAACAAUGAAUAUCAUUCGGCCAACACGGUCAAAUGGAGGCAUUUAAUGACGAUUAACAUUCCAAGCGGCCUUUAAGAUGACUACCAAAUGUACGAAAAUGUUAAAUUUCUUAUCAUUCCUCAAUUUGUUUAAUCGUUUUUCAAAACACUUCUAAUGUUAUUUAUCCAGAUGACACCAAAAAUUGGGCAUUUCUUUCAAAGUGUGCACUGGCUUGACAUUUGGUCAACACUAAGAGUAGUGUUUGUUCAAUACUAUAAUCUUAAAACGAAGAGUAUUCGAUUCUGGUGUACACUAUUUUUUAUUGCAAAAAAGCAUUUGUUUUAUCACCAUUUGGGAUGAAAUAUUAUGAGAGGGUUAAGUGAAGUCAAUUGUAAUUAAGUACGCGCUGAUUAGUUUAAACUUCUUAAACAUACUAGGCCUUUAAGAAAGUCAUGAUAUAUAUAAAAAAGUGGUUUUGACUAUUUCCGUACUUAAUUCAGAAUAUAUAUUUCAUUGAUGUUGCAUAUUUGU